CUUUGGCUUGUGGACCCUACUAUGUCGCGUCACCAGCAGUCCUCCUCGGUCGACCCCAGCCAAGAAGAAAUGGAAGAGGAGGAGGCCGUGAGCGGGGAGGGAGACGAGGUGAUGGGCGAAGCGGAGGACGGCGAGGGAUAUACAUCGUCCACGCCUACGUCGACGUUAACAUGGAUCAGUUGGUUCUGCUCCUUACCCGGCCACGAAUACUUCUGCGAAGUAUCGGAAGACUUUAUCGAAGAUGAUUUCAAUUUGACGGGGCUGAAUGCUAUGGUGCCAUUCUGGAAAGAGGCAAUGGAGAUGGUGCUGGACGUCGAACCAGAUGAGGAUUCGGCGCGGGUGCCAGAUGUCUCAAUAGUCGAAGCCUCUGCAGAACUGCUGUAUGGCCUUGUUCACCAACGCUACAUCAUAACUCGGCAAGGGCUACAGGCUAUGGCAGAUAAAUAUGAAAAUGCUACGUUCGGCUCAUGUCCCCGCGUUUAUUGUCAGAACUGCUACGUAGUACCCUGCGGACGAUCGGAUGUCCCCGGUCUUGACACCGUCAAGCUGUAUUGCCCAAAUUGCCAUGACAUCUACGUUCCACCAAGCAGCCGCUUUCAGGGAGUAGAUGGCGCAUUCUUCGGCACCACAUUCGCCCACCUCUUCUUCCAGAGCUACCGCGAACUCGCACCUGCUCCUUUCUAUAAGCCGCCAUCCGCAGCCUCGUCAUCCCUAACCCCAGCCCGUUCACCCCGCAAUGCCUCGUCCGACCAGUCUGAAGAAGAGACGUUUGUAAAUCCCAAUCCGUACGGCGGGCAGAAACGAGCCGCUGGGAAAGUGUACGUACCCCGCAUAUAUGGCUUCCGCGUGAGUGAGCGGGCAAAGAGUGGGCCGCGGAUGAUGUGGUUGCGCAUGCGGCCAGAAAGUCCGGAGGAGUUGGACAUGGUGGAUUGGCGAGGUCGGUGGUUGGAUGAGGAGGGAGGUUCGGAAUUCGAGGAGGACGGUGAAGGCGGAGACAGACCCAUGGAAGACUUCGAUCCGGAAGGAGGAGGUGAUAACGACGAUGAUGAAGAGGAGGAAGAGGAGGAGGAAGAUCAAGAUCACCGCUCCCGACUCCCCCCUCCCGCCCAGGCCGACACCGGAGCCAACAGAGGACGACGGCGGAACGAUCAUAGUGCCCCCGCCGCCUCCUCCCUCGGAGCGCUCGACUGCGAUAUCGAGCUACCAAACAGCGCAGAGCAUCCGGACGAGUGGGAGCGCGAUCACCCGCGUGCCAACGCGAAUAUCGGGUUCCCCGCAUCCCCCGCGUCGAGCGCGCCUCCGCGAACUCCUGAGCCGCUGCCUCUGCCGGUCUCCACUGUGAUGCCACUUAGGAUUAAUGGGAAGGUUGGUAAUGUGGCAGGGAUGGGAGGCGGUAAGGUGCGGGUGGUGAGGCAACGCGCCGUAGACAUCGCCUACGGCUCGAACCACGGCCACCCCACGACGCCCAUCGAAAAGAAGGUCAAGCCGAGUCACAGGAAGGGCGUGCAGAGCAAAAAGACGUCGUUCGUGCGGAGCGUGAUCAGGGAGGUUGCUGGGUUCUCCCCGUAUGAGCGGAGAGUUAUGGAGUUGUUGAGGAACUCUAAGGACAAGAAGGCCAGGAAGCUGACGAAGAAGCGGUUGGGCACGCUCCUCCGCUCGAAGCGAAAGCUCGAGGAGCUCUCCACCAUCAUUGCCGAGAGCAGAAGAGCCGGCCACUAAACCAAUCCGUACCGCUCGCAUGUGUCUGCCGGGUCGGGAGGUCUUUUGUGCUCGAGUCGUGGUUAUGUUUUGUCUUCCACUUUCGCGGGGGCGAGAGGGAGAAGGCACCCAUCUCAUGCGAAGAUGCGCAGUGUAUCGCUAUGUUUAUGCAAUGGUAUUGCCCUAUGCUCUCGCGUUGCGUUCGUCAACUCCCUCGCCGACCAAAUGGGCGAGCUCCUGGAAUAGCUGCGAUUGG